CUCUGGCUCAGCCAGACACACUAAACUUAGCUUCCACUCCCAGCUCUGUAGCCACUGUCACCACCUAGCUAGGUGCCUGGGAGACUCUGCUACUGCCCCCUGCCCACAGCACCCACACCUCAACGGCCGCCAUGUCACAGACCAAGACAGCGAAGGUCCGUGUGACCCUCUUCUUCAUCCUGGUGGGCGGGGUGCUCGCCAUGGUGGCCGUGGUGACUGACCACUGGGCCGUGCUGAGUCCACACCUGGAGCACCACAAUGAGACGUGUGAGGCAGCCCACUUCGGCCUCUGGAGGAUCUGCACCACUCGGGUUGCCGUGCACACCAAAGACAAGAGUUGUGAGCACGUCACACCAGCAGGGGAAAAGAACUGCUCCUACUUCAGGCACUUCAACCCAGGAGAGAGCUCGGAAAUCUUUGAAUUCACCACUCAGAAGGAGUACAGCAUCUCAGCAGCGGCCAUUGCCAUCUUCAGCCUCGGCUUCAUCAUUGUGGGCUCCAUCUGCGCAUCUCUGUCCUUCGGGAAUAAGCGUGACUACCUGCUGAGGCCAGCAUCCAUGUUUUAUGCCUUCGCAGGGCUCUGCCUCAUCGUCUCUGUGGAGGUCAUGAGGCAGUCGGUGAAGCGGAUGAUCGACAGCGAGGACACGGUCUGGAUAGAGCACUACUAUUCGUGGUCUUUCGCCUGUGCAUGUGCCGCGUUCAUCUUGCUCUUCCUCGGAGGGCUGUUCCUGUUGCUCUUUUCCCUGCCUCGGAUGCCCCAGAACCCCUGGGAAUCCUGCAUGGACGCUGAGCCAGAGCACUAGAUCAAACCAGAGUCUUUCGGAGGCGAGGAGGGAGUUUCGCCUCUGCCCUGACCUCUUGUCUAUCACGUGUCUCUCCCUCUGAGCUCCUCUACAAACAGUGCACAUGGACACAAACGCAGACCUGCCCAGGGUCGGAGGAAGCAGGCCAGCGGGCCAGCAGGUAUAUGAAGGGGCCCUCCUCUGUGCCUGCCCCAGCUCAGGCUUGCCCACCAUGCCUGAUGGCGUUGACGAUCUGGUCUGGUCAUCUUUAGAAAGCUUCCAGGAACAGCCUGUACUCAUUCUGCAGUUCUAAGCAUCAUCAGUGUCCAGAGUCAGCCUCCUCCCCCACUCUUCUCCGCCAUCGUAUGAAACCCUCCUUUGUGAUCUGAACAUCCCUCCUUGGCUUCCAGGAUUCCCAAGAGACAUUUUUGACUGGCUAGGAUCUGUGGUUUGAAAUAAAAGAUCUCAGAAAUGUU